AUGCGUGCCUACAGCUGUUUAGUAAUCCUUGCCGUCGUGAGCUUGCCAGCUCAACUAUUGGUCAGCGCAGAAUCUUCCGAGGCGGAUAACACGCCUGCGGCUCUGCCAGCUACUUCUACGCCCAUAUGCGAGGAAACUGUCUGUCCGCGCCUAUAUAUGCCAGUUUGUGGGUUGGUUGAUGGUGAACCAAUGACAGCGCCCUCCCGCUGUGUUCUCAACAAUAAAAUCAGAUGCUCCGCGAUAUUGCAACGGACCUUAGGCAACAAAAUUCCUACAGUAAGCUUCCUACACAGCGGUCCUUGUUCACCGAAAGCAUAUAAAAGCAUUAGAAUGCGUCAGAGUCGAGAUAUGGACUUAGAAAACAUCGAAGAUGACGCAGGUAAAGAAGAGAUUAACGCAGGCGAAGAAGAGAUUGAUGCUGGUGGAGAAGAGUCCGACGCAACUCAAGCAGACUUGGUUGAUAAGGAAGCACUAGCUGACGAUGCUGAGGCAGAUAUGGACGCAGGUAAAGAAGAGAUUGCCGCUGGUGGAGAAGAGUCCGACGCAGCUAAAGUAGAGAUUGACGCAACUCAUGCUGACUUGGUUGAUAAGGAAGCACUAGCUGACGAUGCUGAGGUAGAUAUGGACGCAGGUAAAGAAGAGAUUGCCGCUGGUGGAGAAGAGUCUGACGCAGCUAAAGAAGAGAUUGACGCAACUCAAGCAGACUUGGUUGAUAAGAAAGCACUAGCUGACGAUGCUGAGGCAGAUAUGGAUCGUGCGGAACAACUGAACGAUGAGGAAUAAUAACGGGAACUGCUGUUCGUGUUUUGAGGAGAUAUUCUCUUUUGUUUUACCAUAAAUUCUGUUAUGUUUGUGUGU